CGCGGCGACGCCGGCGCCCGCGAGUCUCGUGACCGCGCGCCCCGCCCGGAGCUUCGCCGUCAUGCAGUCCCCGGCGGUGCUCGUCACCUCCAGGCGAGUUCAGAAUGUCCACACAGGCCUGGACCUGACCGUGCCCCAGCACCAGGAGGUACGGGGCAAGAUGAUGUCAGGGCAUGUGGAGUACCAGAUCCUGGUGGUAACCCGGCUGGCUGCAUUCAAGUCGGCCAAGCACAGGCCUGAGGAUGUCGUCCAGUUCUUGGUCUCCAGAAAGUACAGUGAUAUUGAGGAGUUUUACCAGAAACUCAGCAGUCGUUAUCCGGCGGCCAGCCUUCCCCCCCUCCCCAGGAAGGUGCUCUUUGUGGGGGAGUGUGACAUCCGGGAGAGGAGAGCCAUGUUCGAUGAGAUCCUGCGCUGUGUCUCGAAGGAUGCUGAGUUGGCAGGCAGCCCUGAGCUGCUAGAAUUCUUAGGUACCAGAUCCCCCGGGGCUGCGGAUCUCAGCAGCAGAGAUUUCUCUGUCCUGGACACAGACAGCCAAGCAGGGGACGAUGGGGAUGCUUUCGACUUCUUCCAGCAGCAGGACCGAGUGGAGGGUGAGGGUCUCCCCACGCUGGGCCAGAAGGGCCAGGAUGCAGGGAAGUCCUCAGAGGAGGAGGAGGAGGAGGAGGAGGCCCUGGACCCUCUGGGCAUCAUGCGCUCCAAGAAGCCCAAGAAACGCCCGGAAGUGGCCGUGAAGCCCAAACCCUUGCCCCGUCUCUCCAUCUUUGAUGAGGAGGUGGACCCCGACGAGGGGCUCUUUGGCCCGGGAAGGAAGCCCUCUCCCCGGAGCCCCGCAGAGGACGCGCCCCCCAGGGACUCCCUGAAACUGUUUGACGAUCCUGACCUCAGCGGAGCCGUCCCCCUGGGUGACCCCUUACUGCUGCCAGCUGCCCCCGAGAGUGGAGGACCCACGUCCCGCCCAGGCUGCAGGGAGGCCUCCAAGGAGCUGUCCAGAGUCGAAGAGGACUUGGACCAGAUUCUGAACCUGGGGGCUGAGUCCAAACCCCAGCUUCAGCCCCAGCCCAAGCCCAAGCCUCCAGUGGCAGCUAAGCCAGCGCUACUCAGAAAACCAGCUGUUCCCCCCAGAGCGGGUUCAUCUGAGGCUUUGGCCAGGCAGCAGAAGCAGCAGCAGGUCCAAGCCAUGGACGAGACGGACAUCUUACAGUACAUCCGGGACCACGACGCGCCUGGCCAGGCUGCCCCCAGCCUCUUCUGACCACCCCCAAGCCCUGUGCUGUUCCUGAGCCAGCAGACUCUCUGCUGUGGAGGGGCACGUAGUGAGGUGCAGACUUGGACCUGUAGGGCCAGAACCUCUAUUCCCAAGGGAGGGAGGGGGGAAGCCUGGGUCAUAGGACCCCUGUACUGCCUUUUUGCUUUUUCUCAGGCCUGUGGGUUCAUGGAAUCCUGCAAGAUGCGGAGAGCAAGGUCACUAUAGGAAUUGGAGCCUAAAAUGUCUCAGCCAUGUGGAUGUGGAGGGGAGAGCAUGUGGAGAUGCCUUGCUAACCAGGAGCCCAGCCCCCAGGAUGUCAUGAGACUGGGAGCGCGGGGGGCCAGGGAGGCUCCACUUGGGGCGGGAAACUUUGUGCCCACUUGUGCCCACCGGCUCUGCCAGCCCCAGCACGGGAGGGAGGGCCUGGCCAACUUGGGGUUUGGGUGGGGGUCUCCAUGCCAAGCCAGUCUGGAGUCUCUAGUCACCAUGGCUCCUGGAGGCUUGCAGGCCCUGGGAGGGUCCCCAGGAGAGGGGUGCUGAGUGGGUGCCUAGGAGAGCCUGGCUAGGUGGGGUGGCCGAGCCACCUCCGGUUACCAGGUGCUAAGCACGGUGCCUUCCCAAGUGUCGAAGCUCAAGGGAGACGUCAGGCCCAGCCCUGCCUCUGGUGUGUAGAUGGCCUGACAAUCCCCAUGUCUUCCUCUCUCUUCCUUUCCUAGGGAAGGCCUGGCCAGACCACGGCCUUCUUGGGCCUCUGGCCAUAGGGCCGAUGUCCACCGUUACAGCUUUGAGCACAAUUGUCCCUGCAUCUUUCAGGGACACCUGUGGCUGAGGUGCCCCUCCUUCUCACGGCAGGCCUGGGCUGGAUGCUCUUCGGCCGCUACUUGAAGGGCCCCGUCUGUCCAGCGGUGGAUGCUGCCAGGCCUUCCCUGUCCUCAGGGUCUGGAUUUGCUCACUGGCCUUCCCCCAGUGGGAGCCUCCUUCCCAGGAGAAGGAGCCCUGUGCCGGGCAGAGCCAGUGCCUUAGACUUCUCCCCGACCCCCUUGCCCCGGCAUACGGGUCUGAGCAUGGUGCAGUGCUCAGGAAACUCUCAGUGAAUGAGUGAUGUUUAAUGGAGCAAAGAAUGCCUCUUUUUUUUUUUUUUUGAUAUAGUCUUCAUGUUCAGAAUUAGUUUUUAAGGAAACACAGGUUUUUAAGAAAAUGCAACCGCUCUUGUCCCUUGGGUUGUGCCUCUUGACAGAGAGGAUUGGAAGGAGGAUUUGGGAUUAGGACCCCAGGCCGUUCCCGAUCGGGGCCAGGAGCCAACCCUGAUCCCUCAGGGAUUCUGCCUGAGCCAGGCCGGUGUUUGCUGCCCUCAGAGUCUCUAGCACCCGCUGCCCAGUGCCAGGACCUGCAGGGCGGGCGGGAGCGCUCAGUCUGGUCUGUCCCGCGUCUCACGUAUCUCGUCAGCUGUGCAGUCCCGAAAGGCCGUCCCCCUUCCCCUCCACGGGUGCCAGCGUGAGAGGAAAUAGGCAGCUCCGGGGACUGAGAGCCUAGUUCCUCCGCCCCCUCUGCCUUGUCUGGGCCCCGCGGGCAGCCUCCCUGGGACCCUGAGCUGGCUCCGGGACAGCCCCAGCCCCCAGCACAAGCCGCCCCUCUUCUCUUUCACUGCCAGGCCUUCACACCUGCACGCCGCGCUGGGGUCCGCACCCUUGCUGACUGCAGGAAGGCCUCCGAAGGAAGGAGCAGGUGGUGAGGUGAUGGGCUGCCGUGGCCUCUCUCUCCUCCCUGUUCUCUCCUCUGGGCCGCUCCCUCCCUGGCUCCUCCUGCCCCCAGCGUGCGACAUAGGAGAGAGGGUGCAGCUGGCAGGUGCCCGUGGGGGGCUGGUCCUCUGGUGGGGGGGUCACAGGUGGAAGCUGCCACUCCAGUGUAGCUUCGUCCACUGCUAGCCCGGCCUCCUCCCUGGCGGCCUGGCACUCGGACACCUCAGCAGAGAUACUGAUGCUCCGCGGCGCCGCAGGUCUGUGCCCCACCGGCCAAUCUGUGACAUCCAGUCAUCCAAUAAAGUCCGUGUCAG